UUGUUGUUGUUCAAUAAUAUUAGCUAUUAAGUGAGUGCACUCAACACAGCUAGGCUUGUAGCUAGAAUGAAGUAAGUUAAAAGUUGAUUGUGUGUUUGUCAGAAAUAUUUUGUUGUUGUUCAAUAAUAUUAGCUAUUAAGUGAGUGCACUCAACACAGCUAGGCUUGUAGCUAGAAUGAACGAAUUGGUAGCUCGGACACGUCCUCAUGCUGAUAAGAAAACUGAACAAACUGACUGUGCUUUACAGAAGUCUCCAGUGCAAGAUUGUUCAGAAUGUUUAGAAGGAACUAGAAAUCCCACCACUUCUGGUGAUAAUACUGGUUCUUUGGCCUCUGGUCAAAAGAAGCCUUUGCCACCACCCCAGAGCUCAAAACCAACUCUAAGGGGACUCGAUACUAAUGCUCAAACUAAGGCACUGCCUAGUUCAUCCAGUCUCAGUUUGUGUACAUCAUCAUCUUCAGACUUGUAUCUGUCAUUACCACUGCUGUCAUCAUCAACACAUUCCAGUCAGUAUGAAGAAGACAAUGACGAAGCAGAGAGUUCUUGUAGACUGCUAUCCGAUGAACCAGAUUGCGGGGGUGAUUUUCCAAAGAGUAAUACAAACAGCUAUCCGCAGAAUGCAGACAAAGAAUACCAAAGUGACAAGUUACCACCUUCACCUGGUGAAGUUGGUUCACAAGAUUGAAAUAGUUUGGAGCAACAUUUUUUUAUAGCAUUCACGUUUAUUUUGUUUUUUCUUCAAAGUGAUUGAGAGAAGUGAUUAUAAUUUUUUUUAUUUUUUUUUUUUUACAGUUUGGGUAAAUUGUAUUUAAGAGAAAUUGGAAAUUAGUUUGUUUUAAAUUUGUUUUUUCUUUUUUUUACAUUUUACAAAGACUGGGCUUAAUAACCAUUUCAAAAUUGGUAUUCUUAAAUUUUCAGAUUAUGUAUAUUCAAAAACAACUGUCAAAGAACUUGUACUGUUACUUUUUUUUUAUAGAAAAUCAUAUUUGUUAACGAAUGUAGAACGUUCAAAAUUUAAGAUUAAUCUGUCUUUUUUGGACUAUGAUGGGUAAAAAAAUGCAAAACAGAAAAUUAUAUUACACUUUUCCCAUUUCUUGAAACUUUAAUUUAUUGUAUUUUCCGGAGAAACUACAUUCAGGGCUUUUUGGUUAAGUAUUUAUUGGAUUUAGUAAUUUUAGAGCAAAAAAAAUGGAACAUCUAAUUUCAUCAGCUGCAUGUAAGAUUAUUCGUAACUCUUUAAAGUGAUGUAAAUAUGCUUGAGUUGGUAUUUGUGUACAAGUAUCAAGUUAGCUAAUUUUUGAUAAAUGGGGUUCUGUUCAUAAUGGCAAAUGUCUGGAAGCACAACAACCCACCUAACAGAAAUGUAGAGUGUAUACACACCUUAUGACCUAAACAAAGUACUCAGUCCUGCAUCACCAUUCUCGGUAAUCCAGUUAAGUUUUAAACUGUUAGCUCGCUACAAUGUUAUAAAGCUGAUCAUUUUUGUUUAUAAACAAAUAUCAACUACUUUUGAAAACAAAACAUAUGUGUAAUUCCACACGAUUUGUAGCUUAGUGCCAGGUUAUAAAUAGUCUUUAUAAUUUUUACUGAUUUUUAGGAGUUCUAAACAACAUACAAAAUUUUAUACGUGAUGAAGGUUCUUCAGUUUCAACCAGUUCAACAGAAUAGUGACAUCACAUUAAUAUUUGGGCUGGAUUAUUUCUCUGUGUUGGUCAGGAAAAUUGUGUGUAUUCUAGACAAUGGAACUGUUGUUAUCUUGUGUUAGAGUUUGCUAGAUUUUGUAUUUUAUUGAAUAUAAGAUAAAAAAAAAUAAUAAUAGUACUUAGAUGUUACGAAAUUCUUUAAUGUUUCUUUGGUAACUACUGGUUAGGCUUAAUAAAUUUACUUAGUGCAGUAGUAUAAGAUGGACAUUCUGAGUUUAGAGUACUUGGAGAAAAAUAUUUAAAAAAAUAAACUUUGAACUUUUAUAAUUAUAUUGUAUUAAAAAGUGUGGAAUGAUUUUUUGUAGGUUAAUUGUUUUUAUCUCAUGAAUCUUAUCCGAAAUAAUGCUAUUUUAUGAGGCAAGGCCUAACUAUGUACUUGUGUUAGCAUUCUUCCACCUUGAGUUUAAAUAAAUACAAUCAGUGACUAUGAUAUACCUCGAAAGUAUCAAAAGGCAGUGGCUGUCAAAUUAUUAUUGGUCCUGACAGACCUACAGUUACGCUAAGACAUUCGUAAUAUUUUCUCACGUUUUUAAAAACAUCUGAGGAAAGAAGAAAAAAAACUGAAAAGUAGCUCUGGCUUUACUAGUUACUUUGAAGUACAGUAUUUUUUGUCACAAGUAUUUAAUUUUUUUGUGUCAGCAGGUUAAUUAACACCCAUUAUCACUAGUUUAACCUUCUAUUUUUAUUCUGAGUUUGUACAAUCAUCAUCUGUUCUCACUUCAUGUCGCUAACCCUUCCAUAAAGUAUUGUAUUUGAAAUUUUAGCAUACCUUUUUUUUAUAUAUAUUUUACUGUUUUUUUUUCUUUUUU